ACAAAAUCCAUAAAUCUGCGAUGUGAACGGUUGAAGAAGAGGAGGCUUUGUUGGACUCCGAACUCGAAAGCAGGAGGAGUUGGAAACUUGGGAAAUGGCUCUGCGUUUAGGUCCUCCUCUUCUCCAUUCCUUUCAUGGCUUUGUCCCCAAAAAUUCACCGAUCCGAUUCUCUAAAGUUUACGCUCAGAAUUCGAUGUUGCCGUCAGUCGAAUCGCACAAGCUCAUAAUGGAAGUAAAGGAAAAGCUCAAGAGAGAUCAUCCUAGUCUUCAUGUAGGCAAGAAUGGAAGAGAUGAUGACGAGAUGAUCCUAUGGUUUCUCAAGGAUCGAAAGUUUUCUGUUGAUGAAGCUGUCAAAAAAUUAACGAUAGCCAUUAAAUGGCAUGAAGAGUUUGGCGUGUCAGAAUUGUCUGAAGAGUCUGUAAAAAGCAUAGCUGAAACUGGAAAAGCUUACGUGCAUGACUUUCUUGAUGUUUAUGACAGACCUGUACUCAUAGUGGUGGCAUCCAAACAUUUUCCAGCAAUGCAGGAUCCAGUUGAGGAUGAGAAGCUUUGUGUUUUCUUGAUUGAGAAGGCAUUGAGUAAACUCCCAGAUGGAAAGGAACAAAUACUUGGAAUAUUCGACCUCCGGGAAUUUGGUUCAGAGAAUGCAGACAUCAAAUUCUUAAAGUUCUUGUUUGAUGUCUUCUAUUAUUACUAUCCAAAGCGCUUGGGGGAGGUCCUCUUUGUGGAUGCUCCCUUUGUUUUCCAGCCACUCUGGCAACUAGUCAAGCCUUUGUUAAAAUCAUAUGCUUCUUUGAUGUUUGCAGGCAUUGUUAUCCGUGAUCCCAUAGAUUAACAGCUUAGUCUGGUUCUAUGGAGAUACGGUGCACACUAGAGGUGUUAGAAUUACGAGGGGGAAAGGCUGAAAAUCACCUGUGUUUAAGCUGUUAGAAGAGAAAUGACUACUCAUACAGAUGUAAAUAGAAUGGCAUGACAGGAUUUGUGUAGCUUAGAGAGCAGUUGUUCUUGAUGGCUUUAACUAAUGGAGAUGGUGCCAUGGUCCAGAUUUCAGUGGUUAUAUAAACAGGACAAUCCUUACCAUCAUAAUCAUUGACUUCACAUGCCAUUAACCAUAUAUAUCUUUGACUUCUUAGAAUGCCUUCUAUCAUUUUGGGUUACAUAUAUAUAGAUUUAUGUUCUUCCUCCUGC